AUGUUUUAUCCUGAAAAAUACAUUAUGGCAGAACUUAUAAUGCUUGAGAAAGGUGAUAGAGUAAGUUAUUUUCAUAUGUUCUAAAACCCUCUUUAAGAAAUGAAAAAGAUGCUAUAGACUAUGAACAAAUUAUUAAAGGCAGUAGGAUUCGCUAGAAUUUCUAUUGACCCUUUGAUGAUAUGUCCCCUAUGUGCCUGGGCGGCAGACAAACAGACAAUGUUUAGACACUCCUGUAAAGUAAGUGUCGACCUUACAAAGAUGAGAGGCCGUCGACAAUGA